AUGCCAACCCAAACCGCCAAACUCCUUGGUAUCACACGCUUACAACCUGCUCAGAUUAGUAUUGGACUUGCUAAUCACACCAUAGCCAAGCCAAGAGGAGUUGUAGUUGAUGUUCUUCUAGAGAUUGGAGAUACCAAGAUCCCGGUGGAUUUUCAUGUCAUGAACAUCAAAGGAGGAUGUGAUACGCCCUUGAUACUAGGCCGACCUUUCUUGGCCACUGCUGGAGCUAUCAUGGACCUUCCAAACAGGCGAAUUUCCUUAGCCAAUGUUGACAAGUCUUUUGAAGCAUUUUGGAGCAUAUGGGACGUGAGGAGCAAGGAAGGACUUGGUGCAUGGACGCAGCUCAACCUAAACCUAAAUCCUCUUGUAUUUAAAGGCUAA